AUGCUGGAGUUACCAAAAAUGGAACCUCAUUCUGUCUCACAUAUGAAUACCCGCUCGUAGCCUGCAGUGGACCAACGUCACCAACAUUUACUUGUAAGGUCGAUGAUCUCGAUUAUAGACGGGUAACAACAUUGAGCAUUUCCGAAGAAUCUUUUACAUGUAAAGACGAUGUGUAUGGGAAUGGAAGAGAAGGCGAACUAUCUAGUACAGAAUGUCCUCCAGGUCAAGUGGGGGAAAAGAUGGCGAAGUGUGAUAAUGGAAAGUGGAUAGUGUUAGAGGACACUUGCGUUAUCAAAGUAAUCAAGGAGUUGCUUGAUUCUUCAGAGGUGUUGCAGGUGGAGGAUGUCCCAGAUUUUGUGGAGAAGCUAAAUGAAGAGAUCAAAGUGAUUAAGAAUGAUGUAGCAAAGUCACCUAAUACCAUAUCAACUAUCGUGGAAAUCCUGGGCAACAUUGCACUUAUUGAUACUCUGGUAGUCAAUCAACCUGUCAUAGAGGGUGUCCUUCAAACAGUUGAUGUCAUUAUUGGUGAGGAUUCAAGAGAGUCCUGGACAGCUCUGAAUGCAAACGAAAGCAACAACGCAAGCUCUGAUUUACUGGGUUCGAUGGAACUCCUCUCUGAUAAAAUAGUUGGGACAUUUACCUUUGAGACUGGUGCAAUCCUCCUCAACAGAAGCACUUUUGACAACUCGUUCUAUGCAAAUCUGAACAGCAGCGUUGUCCUGGACAUUCCUAACACCGGCUUUAGCAAUGCCUCUAUCACCACUAUUACUUUCUCGACCCUAAAUAUUGUUAUGCCAGUACGGAGCUCCAGCUUUAACACCAGCCUCUUCAACACCAAUAACACUGACCCCGUUAAUGCCCUCAACGCAGCUGUGGUGCUGAUAAAAGUAAAUGAAACUAUUCGGAACGUUACUUUAAGCUACACCAAGUUAAACACGAUUCUGACGCAAGAUCCUCAGUGUGUCUUCUGGAACUUUAGACUGUUUGACAACAGGGGUGGUUGGGAUAGUGACGGGUGUCAGUUUGUUUCCGAUAUAAAUGACACAGUAACCUGCAGAUGCGACCAUCUCACCUCAUUUUCAAUUCUGAUGUCAACUGGUAUCCCUAAAGAAUUCAAAGAACUCUUGGAUAUAAUCACCUACGUUGGAGUUGGGAUCUCUUUGGCAAGUUUAGUUAUAUGUUUAAUUAUUGAAGGAUACGUUUGGAAAGCCAUAACUAAAAAUAGCACUGCCUUCAUGCGUCAUGUUUCCCUCAUUAACACUGCCCUCUCUCUGUUGAUCGCUGACAUCUGCUUUAUCAUUGGAGCCUCCAUUGCCGACAACCCAGCUGAAAACCCGGGGAAGAAUAACUAUAAUGUUCCAGUUGACCCUUGCAGCACAGCAACAUUUUUUAUGCACUUGUUUUACCUUGCGGUGUUCUUUUGGAUGCUAGUUUCAGGCCUUCUGCUACUUUACCGGACAGUCAUGGUCUUCUCCCACAUGUCCAAGGCAGUCAUGUUGGCUAUUGGCUUCUUAUUAGGCUACGGGUGCCCUCUGAUCAUAGCUGUUGUUACUGUUGCCGCCACAGCACCAGGAGAAGGAUACAUCACGAACAAAGAGGCUUGUUGGCUUAACUGGGAGCAAACAAGGGCCCUGUUGGCGUUUGUGAUACCUGCCUUAACUAUAGUUUGUAUCAACAUCAUUAUCGUAAUCGUGGUCCUGUUCAAAAUGCUAAGAAGAGGCGUGGGAGACGCCGCCCAAAGAGAUGAAAGGCAUACGCUGGUUGUCAUUCUAAGGUGUGUGGCCAUUUUGACUCCUUUAUUUGGACUGACCUGGUCUUUAGGAGUGGGGACCAUGCUAGAUUCGACAAAUAGAGGACUCCACAUUGUCUUUGCACUCUUCAAUUCACUACAGGGUUUCUUCAUUUUAGUGUUUGGGACACUACUCGAUUCAAAGAUCCGUUCUAUCCUCGCAAGAAAAUCACCUACAACAAGCACAGGCUCCAAUACAACCAGAAGUACAAGUGGGGGCAUUUCCUCCACUGGACUCAACUGGUUCCAUCGACUGCGUGGAAGAAGAAACGUCUACCGUACAUCAGAGGCUGCAAACUCGGGGAGUGCUGGUGCAUCGGAGUCAUUCUCCAAUAUCUAAUUCAAUGCAUGGAACCGUACACUUUAUUUCUUUAGGGCUGUUUAUUCAAAAGAUCUGACAAUUAUAGGAUUUUCAGCACAUAAUCAGAAACGUUGCAGUUUACUGGGAUGAUAUUGUAAGAGAUGGUGCAACAGACAUGGUGAGUUUUUAAAUCAGAAUAGUUUAGGUCCUACAGGCAGCAUUAAAAGAAGUGUCUAUUGUAAAGGUACUGUUCCGUUAUUCAAAGCCCUAGGAAAGCAAGAGUGACACAACAUUGUGAAUGAAACUUUGAAAUUACAUUUUAUUUUGAAGUGUGAAAUGUAGUGGUGCUCUGAAUCAAUGACGUGCAAUGAUCAAUUAUUAUCUUAAUGUACAGUCGUAGUGAAUCAUACCUACUAGCUUCUAGGUGUUUCAUGAUAACAUUGAUAAUACCAUGACUAUGUUCCUGAGAAAAAGAGCAUAAUACUUCCUUCAUUAAAAGCAAAAUCUAAAACCUAAAAAAUGUGUAAAAAGAUAAAUAGAUUUUUAGUAACAGUGUAGCUCAAUAAUGCAUGUUAGCUAAACAGCAGCAGUUGUAAGAACAGCAAUGAAAUGAAACUUAUGUAAUGUUCAUUGGCCCGCCCCCCCCCCCAAAGAAAAUGCUCGCCAUGAAGAACUUUGCUUUUAAAAUAUGUGUAAAGUUCAUAGACGUGUAUAUACAGUUGUUUUAUUUUUUCAUUAAAGGUUUAAAGUGUUUUCUCUUAUUAUAACACAAAGUAUUGCCUUCCAACCGUGUUCUUUUGCUGUAAAUGAUCGAUCUUUCCCAAUAAACAUACAAAU